AUGCCUCACGCAACCGAGCCCCCGGUCCCCGAGACCGAAGAUUCGGUCUUCGAAAAUGUGAUGCGACAGAUGAACGGCCCCCUCGGGGAUGGCGCCAUGUCCUUCGAUUUCCUGGCGCGCGACCUGGAACCCGGUGAGAAGGCCGACGACGCCGUGGACUACGAGGACUUCGACGACGAUGAGCUUCCCGAGGAAGAAGAGCGGACGGGUCCCCCGGCUGCUGCCGAUGACGACAACGGUAUGAUGGAUCUCGGCGAUGACGACGCAGACAAGGAUCUCUUUGGAGGGGAAGACGAGGAUCUUUUCGGUGGCGGCGGCGGCGACGAGGAUGAUAUUGGUGCUGCCGGCCGGGAGGGCGAGUUUGAUACACAGCAAGGUCCCCGCGAUGAGUUGGACGAUCUCUUCGGCGAGGGUCCGUCAUCGCCGGGCGCGGAUCCAACCCGAGACUUGUUCUUCGACGAGGAGGAGACGACGGCAGCGGCGGCGACUGAUGAAGCACGACCGGUAACGAAGGGGCCGGUGCCGGCGGCGGUGGAGCCGGUGAUAGAGGCCCCGGUUCCUUCCCUGUCACAGGAGCCUGCGGCGGCGGCGGCGGCGGCGUCGAUGGAUGAAGACGAGGUGGAUCUUCUGCAGGAGGACGAGGCGCUGAGCCCGACAGCUGAGGAUAUGGAUCCCGCGUCGCUGCGGGCGUGGAAACUCCAGCAGCAGCUGUUCGCCAUGUCGGCCUACGGCCCGGACAACCCGCCUGCACCGCCGGAGAACGUCGAGGAGCUGCUACAUUCGCUGUUCCCCACGUUCGACCGGAAUGCUCUGCCCCGGUUCCUGGAGCUGAUCCCGCACAAAAAAGCCUUCUUCCUGGGCAAGCAGCCGCCAAAGCCUCCGAAACCGGUGAUCCCAAGUAAAGUCAACAUUGAGUUGGCGCAGGACCAGGAGCGAGUGUUCAAGGCCGCAGGCCAGGUCUUCAAACGCCCGCAUGAAGCCGAGCAUUCGGGCUUGGUGACUAUUCUGGAGGCUGCGCAGGAGGACGAGGAGGAGAUUCGGGAGGAUUUCGAGCACGAUACGGACGUUGAUGAUGAUACUUUGCCUGGCGGUGUCUCUCUGCAUGACCUUCAGAUUGUCUGCGCAGACUGGGAUGUCAAGGACGAUAUCUCGAUCAUGGAAGUUGAUGAGCCUGAGACUCAAGAGCUGGACCCGAUGGAGGACGACUGGCUUCUCGACACAAACCGUCCCGCAAAGAAGCGCAAAAUCGGUCGGGAUCCAUUGGAGGUGGUGGCACUCGCCCAUAUCGAUGUGCCUAUUGUCGAUGACCCCGAGCAGGCAACCUCGCGGAUCGCCCAGAAGGUGGUUGUCGACAUGAAUGACCCUCAUAUCCUCCUCGAUGAACGCGGACCAGAGAAUGCCACGCAGAAGCCCAAAGCGCUAGGAGCCAUCAACCGCGAUGAAAUGGACGCCAGUGUCACCAAGCGUCUCACUUCACGGUACAACAUCUCGAAUGAUCAGGCUUACGAUAUGCUCAAGCAGAACCACCAGAACAAGGUCCGAAGCACCCUGGGCAAUGUUACGUUGGAACAUAGUAUGCCUGCUCUACGCCUUCAGUGGCCUUACUACAAGACGGAGCUGGCCAAGGCCGAAGCCCGGUCGUUCCACCGUCCGGCACUUGCUUUCAGGCCGGGACAAACAUGUUGGUUCAAGAACACUGCGUACAUCAAACGCAAGCACCAAAGGGGCAAAGACGUCAAAGCCCUCUUCGACUCUACCAAGUCCCUGUCCCUGGCUGAUAAUUCCAACGUCUUGCUGGUCGAAUACUCGGAAGAAGUUCCUAUCAUGCUGUCCAAUUUCGGUAUGUCCAACCGCUUCAUCAAUUAUUACCGCAGGAAGAGCAUGGAAGACCCCACGCGCCCGAAGGCAGAGAUCGGCGAGACCGUUGUCCUGCUUCCUCAAGACAAGAGUCCGUUCUCAAUCUUCGGUCAUGUCGACCCGGGCGAGAUAACCCCCGCAAUCUCCAACUCCAUGUAUCGCGCACCGCUGUUCCAACACCAAGCCAAGUCGAACGACUUCCUAAUCGUGCGCAGCACGACUGGCUCCGGCGGUAGUGACUACUACAUCCGGAACAUUGAGAAUUUGUAUGUGGCUGGGCAGCAGUUUCCCUCGGUGGACGUGCCUGGGCCCCACUCGCGGAAGGUCACCACGGUGGCGAAGAAUCGUAUGAAGAUGCUGGUCUAUCGUCUGCUGAAGAAGAGCCCCGACCUCCGCCUCUCCAUCAGCGACGUCACGGCGCAUAUUCCCGGCACGAGUGAUAUGCAGAAUCGUCAGAAGGUGAAGGACUUCCUCCAGCACGACAAGGAUUCGAAGUACUGGGUGCCCAUGGAGCCGGUACCGGAGCAGGAUGUAAUUCGGGCGUGGGUGCAACCGGAAGAUGUAUGUCUGCUGGAAUCCAUGCAGGUCGGUCAGCAGCAUCUUCACGACACCGGUUUUGGCAACGAUGCCGAGACUGGCGGCGACGAUGAUGACGAUGGAGAGGGCGAGAGCUUCGAACAGCAAAUGGCACCGUGGAAGGCUACACGCAAUUUCCUUCUGGCCUCUCAGGGCAAAGCAAUGCUCAAACUACACGGUGAAGGUGACCCUACCGGGCGUGGCGAGGGAUUCAGCUUCAUCAAGACCUCCAUGAAGGGUGGAUUUAAGGCUGUUGGCGAGAGUGUGGAGGAUAAACUUGAUGCGCAAAGACUCAAAGAACUGGGUGGCCACAGCUACAAUGUCGCUCGGCAGCAGAAGUCCUACGAGACGUCGAUCCGCCGCAUCUGGGAUGCGCAGAAGGCCAGCCUGUCGUCGACCGUUGAGCAUUCCGAUGAGGAGAGCGACAUUGACCGCGAUGACGAAGCCGAGUUCAGCAAGCCGACCCCUAGAUCCGAAGCACCUACGCCAGCCCCAUAUCGGCGCGACGACGAGACGACCAGUCAGUUCAGCAGGAUGAGCUUGCCAGACCAGAGAGGCAAAGUUCUGCGCAUCAUGCGGACAUACAAGGACGAGAGGGGUCAGCUCUAUCAGAAGGAGCAGAUGGUCUUCGACCCCAAGGUUAUUCGGCACUAUAUUCAACACCGGCACCGCGUGGAAGCUUUGAGCACCAAACUGGACUCUCUGCAGCCCACCGGCGAUCCGGAAAUCGAUGCUCGCAACAAGAAACUUCUGGAAGCCGAAUUGAGCCGUCUCAACCGUAACAAGGAGCGUCGCUUUGCCCGCGAGAAGCAAAAAGGAGCUGCCCGUGCCUCCGCCGGAGAUUCACCCGCCGACGGUGGCGGUGGCUCUGGCAAGUCCGCUGGCACACAACGCAAAUGCGCCAAUUGCGGCCAGGUCGGCCAUAUCAAGACCAACAAAAAGUGCGUUCUCAACCAGGAUGAGUGUCUUCACCCCCCCAUUGAUUUCCAGUCCUCGUUCUUUACUGCUUCUUCAACACCCCGCUCUUCUCCUUGGCCGACCUCUCCAUCGUCUCGCCCGUCUCUGUCCACCUCCCCUCCGGCUCCCACAGCCGCAGGAAAUGCAGGGAGCGAUGGGCGACGGCGCAUGGCACUCCCCCUUAAAGGCAUUUUGAAAAAGCCCACCACUACCCUUGGGCCUGGCUCUGGAUGUGGAUCUGGCACCGGCUCCCACGCUAGGCCUUCCUUGCCCGGGGUUCCCAAUUAG